AUGUCAGUAAUAGUAAUUGCAGUUGCAUCCGAUAGCGGAGUUCCUAUAUUUUCAAGAAAACGCGGCAAUAAUGAUAAUAUCCAGUUUUCAACUAUAGCGUCAUUACAUGGAAUAAAUAUGUUUACGAAAUGCCACAAUUUAUCAAUGCGAAAUACUGAAGUGGAUAGUGGAACUAUAAUAUGGAAAGAAUACUGUAAAAGUGUCACAUUAAUUGGUAUAGCAACUGGAGGACUUGAAUGUGAUUUAGAAUUGCUUCUUUCAUGUAUUCAUGAUGUAAUGAUCUUUUGCAUUGGCAAGAAGGAAUUAGAAAAUUUAAAGAAUAUUGAUCAAAUAAAAAGAGAUCUAAGGCAGUGUUAUCCAAUUCUUGAUUACUUAUUGGAAACAUUAGAUCCAAAUGCUAUGCCACAAUCAACAAUUGUCCUGGACUUUAUACAGAGUUUGCUGUGUCCUCAAGCACAACAAAUACAGCAAGUUCUAGAUAAUUAUGCACAAACAGUGACUGGUCGGUAUGCAUGUCUUACAAUUCAUGGACAUUUGGUUGCAUGUAGUUCAGACUUUUACGAAUUGGAUAUGAGAGAAGCAAGGCUACUUCUCUUACUUGCUACAACACAAGAUGGUGCUCCAUUGCGAGAUACACUAGUUUAUUUACCACAAAUGAGUCCUAAUGUAGCAUUCAGGGCAGUGACAUGCAAGCUUUUAGCAGAUGUAUAUGUACUAGUUAUAUGUGGAGCGACCCCUGCUUUGUCACAAAUAGAUGAAAUGGUCCUUCAGUGCUGGGAAGGUUAUGCACAAAUUAUAAAGGAAGCGAAAUUAAUAUACCCGAGAAACUUCCCAAUGAGCAUUUCCUUUGAUCCUGCUUUAUUAGGGAUCUUAGUAAUAAACAUAAAUAAGCGCAGAUGUGUGUUUUCCCGUCACGUGCACGGCUCGAACCAAAAGAACAGAGGGAUGUCUGGAGUCCACAGGAUUGAUAUACUGAGAACUUUCUAUGUAACCACUGCAAAGGAACUAGUGCCUGAACUCAAUGUGAAUGAGGAUAAAGAGUGUAUAGAAGGUGUUAUGAAUGAAACAUAUUGGUGUUCUGAAUAUCACAAAUGCCACGCACAACGCUCUGGUAACCUUCUAUGCUGUGCUCUGUACGCGCCGGCCGUGCCUAACCACACUAUGAGGUUAUUAACCUCACAAAUUCUGCAGGACUUAUCAACAAACAGAGAGAUUUACUGG